GAGGCCGACGAGGACACGGCCGAGCUCGGCGCCAGUGGCGAGGACGGCGGCCAGGCAGGCGAGGAGGCGCAGGGCGAGGAGGCCGCAGAGGGCCAGGAGAAGGAGAAGGAGAAGGCGAAGGGCACGCCCCUGAACACUUUCGAGUCCCCCUUCGCGGAGGGGGCCCAGCUCGGCAAGCCAAAGCUGACCCUCACUCUGGAGAAUGUGGAAUUGGUUCUGGACGAGCUGCGGCCCUACCUGCAGAAGGACGGCGGCGACUGCAAGGUCCUGGAUCUGGAGGGUCCCAUCCUGCGGCUGGAGAUGCAGGGGUCCUGCUCUAGCUGCUCGUCGUCGGCCAUCACGGUCAAGAUGGGCAUAGAGCGGACGAUGCUGGACAGAAUCCCCGAGAUUCACGAGGUCGAGGCCGUCAUGCCGGGCGCCAAGAUCCCUGACGAGCAGGGGAUUCAGGCAAUCCUGGACACCAUCGCCCCUUUCUUGAGCGCGAGCGGGGGAACAGUGGAGCUCGUUGAGCUGGACUUGGGAGAGGACCUCAACUCGACGCCGUACAUCUGCGUGGGCGUCAGUGGCCCAGCGCAACGCAACAGGGCCGUGAUGGCCGAGGUCAUGAGGCGGAUCAAGUUCAUCUACGGCCAAGCCAACGUGGAGGCGUUUCCCCUUUUUCCUCGCUGCAAUGAUGGACACGGGUUCUGA